CCUUUAAAAAAAGUUUUUAUUGUUGCAUAGAAUUAAAAAAAAAAUUAAAUUUAUCCGUAUGGCAUCGACAUCUAAGGAACAAAAAAAGUUAGAAAAAAUUAAGGAAAUGCUUGAGACAAAAAGCGAGGACAGUGACAGUGAUGACGAGGAAUCUGACCAAGACACGAGAAAGAUUGCCAUUGACAAUGAGAAGCUUGCAUGCACUAUACAUCUUCUUUAUUCUGCUAGCAAAAUAAAAUUGUACAAAAUCGCAGAAAAGAUUUUGACAUGCCGUGUCCCCAAAGACUUAACACUCUCCAGCCAAGAAAACGUGCUACCUAUUCCGGAAGCUGAAACAUGGAAUUUCCGACUCGGAGAUAAAGUCAAAAUCAAAUAUUCUAUGAAAGAUUUUAAAUCGAUUCAAAAUCGUACAUUAGGGUGGAAUGCGAGGCUGAGAAAUGUAUACGGGUGUGUUGGAAUCGUCACCCAAUUGAAAAGCGUUUAUGAAAAUGCUGUGACUGUGUACACACCGACCAGACUAUGCAACAGUUCCCUCUACGUCGGUCUGCUGGAAAAGAUUGCACCAGACAAAGAUGAUGAUCCCGUGUCGUCACAGUGGAAAGUGAAUGACUAUGUCACCACAAAAGUAGAUAUCAAAGUAGUUCAACUUCUACAAAAACACCUGGAUGAUAUUCCAAUAAAAUAUUUAGGAAGAAAAGGCAGAGUUAUUGCCGUGACGAGAGUAGCUAUAGUAGUGACUUUCGAUGAAAAGAUGAGCUUUGACAUAAAUUCGUAUCUGCUUUUACGAUGCCCAGACCAGACACCGAUCGAAUGUAAACCUAUACAACACGCCGGAGGGUAUAAAAUUGGGGAAAAAGUUCAAAUUAUUCCGCAUUUCAAGACAUUGAUUAAAAAUCAAAAAGAUAAAGGUGAAUGGGCCGAUGAUAUGAGUGAAAUAGCGGGAAAACAAGUAGUGGUCAUUGAUAUUCACAAAGACGGAACACUUGUUGUUCAACUUGGCACCGGCAAAUCCUGGAGAAUAAAUUCUGACUCUGUGUUAGGACAAAAUGAAACAAGUUUUAAAGCAGAAGAGCAGGAUGUUGAAUUUGUUCCAGGCGACAUUAUUAAGAUUAAAAUUGUACAAAACAUUCGAAUGCUCAUGGAUGCGAAAAAUGUGCCAUUAGCCUUCCUUGAAUACUUGAGGCUGACAGCCGAUCUUAGUCUAGUUGAUGAUGAUUUAGAUUAUAUUAUAACAUAUAAUUCUGACCAGAAUGUCUCAGCAUAUUCAACUACGUUAAAAAAAGCAUCGAAGGACGAAAUUGAAAAACACUCAAUGAUCAAGAACAAGGUAAAACAAAUUGAAGUGGGCGAUGAAGUUUAUCUUGAUGUUGGUCCGCCAAACUACGUGGCCGCUGAACUCAGGGAGGUUGACGCAAGUGAUGAGGUUAUCAGAGCUAUGACACGAUCCGCAAACCUAAUUGGAUUUUCAGAUGAUGGCCGCGCUGUUAUAGAGUAUAAAGAUGGAAGUCGGUACAAAAUAAAAAAGAAAUUCUUGACAAUUCCUGAAAGAUUCAGUAUCAGCGAGACUGACGAAGGAUUUGACUAUGACGUCGCUAAAGAUAUUCAAGAAACAGUAGCAAAUUGUGUUCAGAUCAUUCACGCAGACGAUCGUGGGGGAGCGGAAGAUCAAGCUACCAUUGUCAAGAUUUUAGCUAUGACAUACGGAUCUCCUUCCGUUAUAGACUUGCGGAUUAUUUCAAUGGCUGCAACAACUGAAAAAAUUUGCGAAUAUCUCAUACAAAUGAGCGACUGGAAUGUCGAAUUCGUGUGCAGUGGAACAUUUUACAUUACAAAGCUCAAAGCUUCUAUCCAGGAAGUAAAAGUUGGUUUGUAUUUCAACGACGAUGACUAUCCGCCACAUAUAUGCAGAUCUGAGAAGAAGCAUUGGAAGGAGGAACAAUCUGCCACUAGAAAAGAAAGCUUGCUUGUCGAGGAGGGGGUCGCAGCACCAGCCGCAGCGUUUCCUAUUGGAAAUGCAGAUGCCCCACGCUUACAACAUGGUAUGCCACAACCAGAAGGUGUGAGAAUUGAUGAGUUUCGUUACGUGUGCCUAUUUGAUCCUUCAUUAUCUCGAAACGUCUAUUUUCCUUAUGUAAUUCGAGGUGAACACCGUACACCCCUUGAAAACAAUGAUGAACAUGACGGAGGAAUCAGAACACCAAAUAUUAUGAACAUCUACAAUAUCAACAAAGUUAAUAGAAUCACAAAUUGAAUAGUUGAUAAUUACUGAUAAUCAUAAUCAACAAGACAAAACAUAUUCAUCAUAUACCAAUCAGUAUUACAAAGAUAAUUUUGUGACCUUCCUAUGAUUGUUUGUCAAAUUCAAUAGUUUCAUACAUUUACAAAACUACUUUUUAGCUGCUUUGUACAUAGUGAUGUCGAUAAAACUCUUGAUUUAUCGUGUGCGAAAACAAAUCGUAAACUAUUAAAAAAAUGAAAGUCAAUAAAUUAUAUUACUAUAACUUUUAUGUUACUGAGUAGGCCUACAAAAUUUGUGAACUUUGUAUAAAAUUGGUACUGUUUUUAAACUUACUUUCGCGUCUCUAUUUAAUUUCUUCAAGCGCCAAGAUUAUCGAGUUAGAUGAAUUAUGCUUCUAAGUUUUUGAAAUCCUCAUUGUGAAAUUGCAAUUAUUUCAAACUCGCGUGAUUCGUGUUUUUUCUUUUUAAUUAUUUCAUUACAUAGUGUUAUAGAUUAAAUUUCAUAGAUUUCAUUGUUCAUAUCCGUAAGAAUUUAUUUUCAAGUUUUCACAUAUACAUAAGGAUUAAAGUUAUAUGUUUAUAUGAAUAUUACAAACAAUAUUAUAUUAUAUUGAC